CCCCCUCCCCCUCCCCCUCCCCCGCGGCGCCGGCGCUGCGCGUGGCGGCAACGGGCGGCGCGCGGGCGGGCGGCGCCCCGGCGCAUGGAGGCGAUGCCCUGCCACAACCAGCAGCUGGGCCCGGCGGGCGGCCCGCGGCAGCAGGACGAGCCGCAGCCGGCGGCGGCGGCGGGUCCCGGCGGCGGGGGCGGCUGCGGCGGGUCCCGGCUGAUCCGCUUCGCGGAGCCCGGCGGCAGCAGCAGCGGCAGCCCCAGCCCGGACAGCAGCAGCAACGGGCUGCUGCCCGAGGCCCUGCGCGCCGCGCCGGCCGGCGGCCCGCCGCCCCUGGGCGCCCAGCUCAAGCUGCUGCCCAUGAACGACCAGAUCCGGGAGCUGCAGACCAUCAUCAGGGACAACAAUUCUCAUAUGAUGUGGGGCUUGAAAUCUGAUCACAGCUUUCCAGUGAUGGUGUACAAGAGGACAGCCAGUAGAGGAGACUUCGUAUUUUCUGCUGAUCGUCUGAUCAGACUCGUGGUUGAAGAGGGACUGAAUCAGCUACCGUACACAGAAUGUACAGUGACCACUCCAACAGGAUACAAGUAUGAAGGAGUGAAAUUUGAAAAGGGAAACUGCGGAGUCAGCAUUAUGAGAAGUGGAGAGGCAAUGGAACAAGGUUUACGAGACUGCUGUAGAUCAAUCCGCAUAGGAAAAAUCCUGAUACAGAGCGAUGAAGAGACUCAGAGGGCAAAAGUGUACUAUGCUAAGUUUCCACCAGACAUUUACAGGAGAAAAGUUCUUCUUAUGUACCCAAUACUAAGCACCGGUAAUACUGUAAUUGAAGCUGUAAAAGUUCUUAUAGAACAUGGCGUACAACCAAGUGUCAUUAUCCUGCUAAGCCUAUUCUCCACACCUCAUGGUGCCAAAUCUAUCAUCCAGGAAUUCCCAGAGAUCACAAUAUUAACUACAGAAGUUCACCCUGUUGCACCAACACACUUUGGACAGAAGUAUUUUGGAACGGACUGACACAUUUGGAACAAACUGAUAUGGCUGUAUGAUAUUACAAAAGUGAUUUUUUUUUUCUACGUUUUAUUACUUGUAGCAGAGUUGGUUGAGGGCGUAUUUAAAAAUCUUCAUGGCCAAGAAGGGGAAAUAUUUGACCUAUAUUACUUCUAGUUGGUUACUGCUUGAACACGGAAUCAGGUGCAGUAACGCCGCACCUGGAAUCAUUACAAACUGAAAUCAUCUUAAUGUGCUUGUAUAAAUUGCUGCCCUCUCUGCUUUAACUUAUUUAUUCUUCUAUAGCCUUUUCUGUGGCUGCUUGCAAGAGCAAAAUAAAACUAAAUCAUCAAAGCGUG